UGCUAAAAAUGUGAAUAGACAAUUUAUUAAAUCAUAGGAGUGGAUUUCGUGCGGUUUAAUUUUUUCGGCGAUUAUUGUUGUAUUCAAUUGAAAAUGCAUUAACUGUUUUAGCGCUGUUGUCAUUAGAAACGGUUGUAGCACGUUUAAGUUUAAUCUCGUGGAUAAAUACACAUGCUGGCGUCUGCGGUGUUUCACGUUACUGCCAAAAGUUCUACAAGGAAAUUUUUUAUUUCGUUUGUUAUACGUGUUAAAGUGCAAAACGAGUUGAAGAUAGAACAUUAGAUUGAAUUCAAGGCGCAACGCUUCGCAACGGACGACGCGAAACUCCAAGCGGAUUGCGCAUACAAUUCCCGUUCCGUGAGUAGAAGACUGCUUUGAAUGGAUCCUUUUGUCGGCUGGUUUCAAGAGGAACAGGAGGGUCCAGCAUUACGCACAUGGUGUAAAAUUUGGGAGACCACUGCGCAUGAUAUGAGCCAGUUGUUGGAACAACAAAGCCAACAAUUACAACAACUACAAAGUGUUGGUAAUAGCAAAUUGAACGGCACGUUGAGUGCACGCGAUCGGGAUUCUUUGCAAUUGCUGCUGCAGCAAGUUGGCAACGGGGGUUUUCGCAACUCCAUUUACAAUAAUAAUAAUAAUAACAAUAACAACGGUAGUAGUGGCACAAAUAGUGGCAAUACAUCCAGCAACAACUCCAUUGACUCGACGAGUAACAACGACUGCAUCACACCAGCCACCACACCAGGCGGUGGAGGCGGUGAUAUUAAUAGCACGAAAAUGCCAUCACAUGAUCGUCCAAGCUAUUAUAAUCCCUCUCGCAGGAAAAUUGGGCGUAUAGUAGAUAAUAAGGCGAGCACAUUUAACCUCAACAAAUACAUGGGUAAAUUAGUUGUCAAGUACAAAGGUUGCCCUUGGCGUGUGCCGAGCUUUGAGUAUGGACGGGGAAUUAUCGGUUUACAUCAGGAAAUCGAACAAUUUUACAAUUACGUCUUGCCCACGCCCACCGAACAUGCUAUACGCAACGAGGUAGUGCAGCGUAUAGAAGCGGUGGUACAUUCAAUAUGGCCAAAGGCGCUUGUAGAGAUAUUUGGUUCCUUCCGCACGGGUUUGUUUCUACCCACAUCGGAUAUCGAUUUGGUCGUUUUAGGACUAUGGGAGAAGGCGCCUUUGCGCACUCUCGAAACAGAACUGAUUGCUCGCGGUAUCGCUGAACCACACUCGGUGCGUGUACUUGAUAAAGCUUCGGUACCCAUCAUUAAGCUCACAGAUCGCGAAACGCAAGUCAAAGUUGAUAUUUCAUUCAAUAUGCAGUCGGGGGUGCAGUCGGCCGAAUUAAUUAAGAAAUAUAAGCAGGAAUUUCCAUUGCUGGCGAAGCUGGUGCUUGUGCUGAAACAAUUCCUGCUGCAGCGUGAUCUCAAUGAAGUUUUUACCGGUGGCAUUUCCUCAUACUCGUUGAUAUUGAUGUGUAUCAGUUUCCUGCAGUUGCAUCCGCAUCAAAUUGACCACGACAAAGCCAACUUGGGUGUGCUAUUGCUGGAAUUUUUUGAACUUUACGGACGUAAGUUCAAUUACAUGAAGAUCGGCAUAUCGAUCAAAAAUGGUGGGCGAUACAUACCUAAAGAGGAUCUACAACGUGAAAUGAUCGAUGGUCAUCGUCCGUCAUUGCUGUGCAUUGAGGAUCCCCUAACGCCGGGUAACGAUAUAGGGCGUAGCUCAUAUGGUGCUUUGCAGGUGAAACAAGCAUUUGAGUAUGCGUAUAUGUUGUUGGCAAAUGCAGUGAGUCCACUCAACGAAUUCGGUAGUAAUUGCGCCGAACGUACCAUCCUAGGACGAAUAAUACGGGUAACCGACGAUGUGAUAGACUACCGUGAGUGGAUACGAGAACACUUCGAGCAUCUUGUGGUCCCGCAUACGCCCAAUGGAAGUACAGUUAAGUUCAUUCCAUCGAUGCUGCCUCCUGGCGUUAUCACACCACCCCUGCAGCAUCAACACAUGCAUCCACUGCAGCAGCAGCAGCUGUAUCAUCAGCAACAAGUCGUGAUGGCGCAACGGUUACGAAGGAGCAGCGUUUCAUCGGGCGAAGACUCUGAAGAUAGCAAAGAAUGUGAUGUAGACUCAACGUCAUCUCCACCGAUUUCUCAGCAGCAUCUUCAACAACAGCACCAGCAACAGUCGAGCUUAGCAAUGCAGCAUUUGACUCAGCAACACCCGCAAUCCACACAGCAGCAACAGCAGCAGCAGCAGCAGUCACAAUUGCCGCCCCAGCAACAUCAGCAAUUUGCCCUGCAGCAGCAGCAGCAGCUGCAACAACAACAACAACAACAACAAAUGCACACGCAAUGUUCGCAACAGCAACAACAACAGCCGCAGCAGCUUACACAAAAGCAGCAAUCUCCGCCACGGCAGCAAAAACAGCCAUCGCCGCCGCAGCAACAAAAGCAAUUAUCCCCGCCACGACAACAACAGAUGCACACGCAACAAUCGACGCAACAACAGCAGCAGCAAGCGCAACAGAGGUUCUCCGGUACAUCAAAUCGCCGUCAACAAUUCUAUGUGCCACCUCCGAUGCAACAGCAAUAUCAACAGCAACAGCAACAGCAAAUAUCCAAAUCGUCUUCUACAGAAUCGUACACGAAUUCCACUUCCAGCUAUGUUGGAAAUAGCAACAAUAAUGGUGGCAAUAACAAUAAUAAUCGAUCACGCUAUGCACAACGUCCUUCACAACAACAAUUGCGUCAGCAACGUAUGCAACAACCAGCAAUGCGUCAACAACGUUAUAAUUCGAGAGCUGCAUCGCCGCCACCAACGUUUUCUCGUUCUGGUCCAUUGCAACGUACGACACUCACGUCUGCUUCGUCGACCAUUUCCAUAAUUUCCAUAUCAUCGGAGUCUUCAGUGGCAUCGAUAUCAUCGACGGACAGUUCUGAGUCGGCGUCAGCGUCAGCAACAUCAAAAUCUGGCCAACAACGCAACCGUGAAGGAGGCGACCGCAGAAAGAAGCACCAAUCCGGUAGCAGUAGGUCUAGUACGAGCAAAUAAAAAGGAGAUGUAUUAUCAUCAAGCGGGCUGUAUCGGUGCUGCAUAAAGCCUUGGAGUUGCAACAGCUGUCAUUGAUAAGCAUCGCCAACUCCCCACACAAACGACCACGAUCCGAAGUGGCCGGCCGGAAGGAGUAUAUCGUAAAGCAUUUCAAAAGCACAACGAAGAGUUUGUCGCGCGCGCUCAGUCUAUUUGCCCAUGCAUACACACUCAAAAUACAACCAAACCAUAUUCUAGCACACUAUUAGAAAUCUAGUAAGUUAAGUACGUGAUUAGGAACUUUAACAUAGUCCUACAGCCACUACAUUAUGCGACUGGUGGUCAAUACCUUAUACAUACACAUACACUCACAUAUAGCAGUAGUGGUAACACACUUACAUACUUACAUACAUGCAUAUUACUUGAGCGACGCUAACAAAAACACUGGGAGAAUUUCGAGAAUUUGUGCUUGCAUUAUUCUAUGUAUCUACAUAUGUAUAAUUACUGGGCUGAUGAUAUUAGUAGAAAUAGUUCAUAACCUGUGCCUAUUUUAAUGUAAUAAUUUAACAUGUAAGCAAAAAAUGCUAACUUAUAACUUAUAAAAAAGGACAGCAACAACAACAACAACAACAAAGCAUUAAUGCCACACAGAGUUAGCGAUAUGAAGCAAAUGAUAACAAUCUCAUAUCGUAUGUUGCGUAGUAGUGUUGCCAAACGAUCAGAAGAAUAGCGGUGAAAAAUGAGAUGAUAGACAUUGCUACUAGGCGAACACCCCGUAAUUCAGCCAGUUAAAAAAGAGACAGUGUGCUUAAACAAAGCAGAAAAGUUGAAGUAGAUUAUAAGAAAAGUGGAUAAGGAUUCAAUAGCAGCGAGGAAAAGAGAAUGAAAGUUAGAGAAAAUACUACAUAGAGCGAGAGAGACGAAUGCAGUACAGCAAUAUCCAUAAAAGUUAAACUUUUAACAGAUUAAAGAUAAGACAAAAAAAUACACCAGAGCGUAAGUGAUUUAAGGAAAGGUAAGCAUAUUAGUAAAACCAUAAGCAUAUUGAAUUGAAAACUAGUACAUAUAUGCUUGUUAAGAAAAGCUGUAUAGUGCACAUGGAUUAUGAUAAGCAGUGAAAAGCAAACUCUUAAAGAAGAAGAACAUGAAAAGGUUGAAAAUCAAAGUCUAUGCCGUUAUUAGUAUUUAAUUGCGCUAGAUGAAAGCUAUUAGUUGCUAAAUAGGUAGAAAACGAAUGUACAUAAAUGUAUAGAAGGAUACAUAUGUACAUGUAACUCAGUCAUAUGCUUUCAUAAUAGGAUGUAAGUUAAUUUUUCCCAUUUAAAAAAAAAAA